UCUGGAGCGUAUCAGUCAAGGGGUCCACCAAUGGAGCCGACGAGCACUGCGACCGUUGAACGGGUUUUGUCACCCAUUUCUCUGAGACUCAAACAAGAGAUGGAAAAUAUGGACAAAAGUCAGAGCACUUCUCAUCUAAGAGAUGACAGUCGUUGGACACCAAACGUUGGCAACAGUUUAUAUGAUCAGCAAAAGCGCCAAAACGAUUGGGCAGAAGAGGAGGAGAUGUAUAAAAGAAAAUACAGACAACUCCGGAAUCCGAGUCCCACUCCCGAAGACUCUCUGGACGUGGAAAGAGUGCGAAUCCAACAAAUGGCUGCCAUUCACGCGGGAAUACUUCAAUCGCCGGAACGACUCCCGAAAAGCAGUCGACGAUUAUCUCCCGAAUCGAGUCCUAAGCGUAUGCGUAGAAGAAGUCCGUCUCUUAGUCCGAGACGGCGCUCACCGCUAAGUCCUCGACGACGGUCUAUAAGCCCGCGGCGGAGGUCUAUAUCUCCGCGUUAUAGAGACCGUCGUCGGAGCCGAAGUCGGAGCCGAGAGAGGUAUUUGCGAAGUCGUAGUCCUAGUGAUAGCAGAGGUCGACGAAGAAGUCGUACACCAGAGAGAUGCCUGAGUCCGCGUCCAGUGGACAGACACGUGAAUCCAAUGCCCGGAUACCAAACUCUUAUGAAUCCUAUGGCAGUGAUGCACCCAAUGGGAGCCCAGGCAUGGAGUGCUCCGCCUAUCCAUCAAAUGACUCCGUGGCCACAAAAUGAGAUAAUAUACGAACCUAUCAUACCUUCAAAAGGAUCUCAAACCAAUUUAAUGAAAUCAUCAAAACCGGUGCCGAGAAAGAGCUUAUCAUCUAAUCUAUUGAAAGUACCGAUCGCUAGAUCUCCCGCUCAGUCCUCUCCCAAGAAAGGGAUUGACAAAAAGGACGACAAACUGAUUAAUCCAUACGACCUUUUAUUGGCGGAGAGGACUAAACUUCGGGAAGAGAUGAACAGAUAUAACAAGUAUUACGAACAGAAAGUUGAGGACCAGAACCUGAUUGUGGCCAAAGACGGCGGAACCGAUAGUUACGCGUACAGACAACUCGAUAAA